AUGAGAAGCUUUUUGGUUUUAAUUCUGAUUUUUCUGGCAGCUGAAUUGAUUGCCAGCAAGUAUGAGGAAGAAUGCGAAGCUUCAUCAUCUGAAGAAAUUGUUCACCAUCAUCAUCACACCAAGAAACCUACCACAACUAAGAAGCCUACUCCGAAGCCAACCAAGAAACCCACUACCAAAAAACCUAAGAUCACCAAGAAACCUACUACCAAAAAACAUACUACUAAAAAACGUGUUCCAACUACCACCAAAAGAGUUCCGAUAUGUCAAAAAGGUUGGAAGGGUUUCAAAAGAGCCAAGGGUCUUUGGUGUAUCAAAGUUCAGAAAAGCAGAGUAGAUCGAAAUGUGCACAAGCUCAAUGCAAAAAAUUGGGAGCCACGUUAACUGGAAUCGAUAGUGUUGCCGAGAAUAAAUUUCUACAGGGUGAGUCUAGCCAUUCUAGCCAUCUCUUACCUCUCUGCAUCUCUAGCCUCUCUAGCCUCUCUAGCCUCUCUAGCCUCUCUAGCCUCUCUAGCCUCUCUAGCCUCUCUAGCUUCUCUAGCCUCUCUAGCCGUCUCUAGCCUCUCUGCGUCUCUAACCUCUCCCGUAUUCUUCCAGCACAAGGUGUCGUGAUUCUCAAAAGCCUUGGCCUCCAAGUCGGCACAAUGUGGAUCGGUCUCGUCCGCAAACCCGCCUGCUAUUCGCUGGCCACAAAAAACUCACCAAAUUGUAUCGGAAGUAAUGGUUUCCAAUGGACAGAUGGUGUGACAACGAGAAAAAACACUAUGACGUGGCGUAUCAUUCAACCCGAUAAUCAUCAAGGCCGACAAAAAUGUGCAUAUCUUCAAAUCGGUCGAAUCACAAAGUAUGGUAUCCGGCCUGGAACUAUUGAUGAUAUUGAAUGUGAUCAUCCGUGGAAUCCGGCAAAUUUGGAUGUUCAAAAACAACAGGGAUUUGCGUGUGGGAAAUGGGCUAAAUAA